CUCACUCAAGGUAGGUGGCAUUCUCAAUCCCAUCUAGAUCAUGAGAAAGAUUCAAGCCCCCAACAAUAUAAGAAAAGCUAAGUUCUUGCAGAGCUCGCUGGCUGCACCAGAUUUUCCAUUUAUUGGACAUGGCCGAUUAUGAUGCAGAAAAAAUGUGGGAAGGCGCAGUUAGUGCCAAGCUAACCAGCUGCAGGGCCGAUCAGAUAUGGCCUCUCUUGGAGGACUUCUUCAACUUCGGCAAGUGUCUUCCAGGAACAAUAGAUACAUGUUAUGGAAUUGAAGGCAUCUCAGGUCAGCCAGGCUGCAUCAGAUACUGUGCCAAGACAUCCAUCUCUGAUGAUGGUUCAGGAGAAAUGACAACAAUAUGGGCAAAUGAGAAGCUGCUUGCCAUUGACCCCGAUCGAAGGUGUUUGAGCUACUCGCUCCAGGAAAACAGUAUAGGGUUUAAAUCGCAUAUGGCUACAAUCAAAUUAUUGCCUCUUGGAAGCCAAGAGCAAGAAGGGUGUGAAGUAGUCUGGUCCUUCACUCUGAAACCAAUUGAAGGACAGACUAUUGACCAUAUAGUUUCUUUGUAUGAUUCUUGUAUACAAGCUAUGGCAAAGCACAUAGAGGACGCUCUCCAGGUUAAAAGCAAUGAAUAAAUGUCUCCAAGUCUACAAAUUCA